CCCAGAGGCUGCAACGGGAAUUGCGUCUCUUUUCUACCCCGGAUUCUAAAGCGUCCAUCCGUGACAGGACCUGUUGCUCUUCUGGUCUAAUGAGCCUCAAAAAGGGAUUGUUCAUCAGAGGACCAGAGGUGAUCGGCUUUAUGGGACAGAAAGGACUGAAUCCCACAGUUUUUCCGAGUCUGAACUGAAGAGUUUUUGUUCCAGAAAUAUACUGAUCAUCCUUGGCUUCUCCUGUAUCAUGGCUGUAGUUGCUUUGAUUGCUGUGGGGCUGACCCAGAACAAACCAUUGCCAGAAAAUGUUAAGUAUGGGAUUGUGCUGGAUGCAGGCUCUUCUCACACAAGUUUGUACAUCUAUAAGUGGCCAGCAGAAAAGGAGAAUGACACUGGGGUGGUGAAUCAGAUAGAAGAGUGCAAGCUGAAAGGUCCUGGAAUCUCAAGAUAUGCUCACAAAUUAAAUGAAAUAGACAUUUAUCUGACUGAAUGCAUGGUAAGAGCCAGUCAGGUGAUUCCAAAGUCCCAACAUGAAGAGACCCCUGUUUACCUGGGAGCUACGGCAGGCAUGCGGUUGCUCAGGAUAGAAGAUGCACAGCUGGCAGACAAGGUCUUAGCUGCAGUGACAAAAAGCCUCAGCAGCUACCACUUUGACUUCCAGGGUGCCAGAAUCAUCACUGGCCAAGAAGAAGGUGCCUAUGGCUGGAUUACUAUCAACUAUCUGCUGGGCAAAUUCACUCAGAAAUUGAGUUGGCUCUACCUGAGGCCAAAUGAAAACGGUGCUCAGGAAACCUUCGGGGCUUUAGACCUUGGGGGAGCCUCUACACAAAUCACUUUUGUACCCCAAAACAAGAAUAUUGAGUCUCCAAGCAAUGCUCUGCACUUUCGCCUCUAUGGCAGGGACUACAGCGUGUACACGCACAGCUUCUUGUGCUAUGGGAAGGAUCAAGCACUCAGGCAGAAACUGGCCAAGGACAUUCGGGGUACAGAUGGAAUCCUCAGGGACCCAUGCUUUCACCCUGGAUAUGAGACAGUAAUGAAUGUAAGUGACCUCUACAGUAGCCCCUGCACCAGGAGAUUUGCAAUGAUUCAUCCAUUCAGUCAGUUUCAAAUCCAGGGCACUGGAAACUAUCAGCAAUGCCAGCAAAGCAUCCUUGAACUCUUCAACACCAGUUACUGCCCUUACUCCCAAUGUUCCUUCAAUGGGAUUUUCUUGCCACCACCUCAUGGGGAUUUUGGGGCAUUUUCGGCUUACUACUAUGUGAUGGAUUUUCUGAACCUUACAUUAGAGGAAACCACCUCUCAGGAAAAGGUGAUUGACACGAUGGGAAAGUUCUGCUCUCAGCCUUGGGAGGAGCUGAAGACAUAUUUUGGUGACGUGAAGGAGAAAUACUUAAGUGAAUACUGCUUUUCUGGAACCUACAUCCUCUCUCUCCUGAGUAGCUAUCAUUUCACAGCGGAUUCCUGGAAGAAUAUUCAUUUCAUGGGCAAGAUCCAAAGCAGCAAUGUCGGGUGGACUCUGGGCUACAUGCUGAACCUGACCAACAUGAUCCCAGCCGAGCAGCCGUAUUCCACGCCUCUCUCCCACACCACCUACAUCUUCCUCAUGAUCCUCUUCUCCCUGAUCCUGGUCGCAGUGGUCAUCAUAGGCUUGCUUAUCUUUUACAAGCCUUCAUAUUUCUGGAAAGACAUGGUAUAGCAGGAUCCGCUGAAAUCUGCUGGCUGGAGUGAAAAAACAAACUUGCCCAGGAAGCACUUUCCUCCACGUUGGUGCACAAGGUCAUCCUUCCUUGCUCAUGAAGGCCAGCCUUGACCAGCACGAAGCUUUUUGACUUUCGCUGAAGCCUCUCCAUGGAAUGUAUUCACCACCUUCUGCCUCAAGGACUACCUGGCAGACAUCGUCUCUUUUGUGAGUCCUUCCCAACUCCCCUUCUCUCUUUUGUACUCAGAGCUUAUGUAGGUCUUAAAGACUUGCUACCUUUUGUGAUCUUUGCUUUAUAAAAAAACAAUCAUGACUUUAUCUCAAAGAACUCAGAGUCCUGAGUCCUGUGCUGGCAAGUUGCAAUGGCUAAAAGAAGAAUCUCAGGAACUGGUUGUUGUACUCAUUACAGACCCUUUCUUUCUCCUAUUGCCCGUUUAUUAAGAAUGCUAUACAAUGCCUUUGGAGAAGGCAGACACACAUCUCAUUCUUAUCCUGCCGUUUGCAUGGGAGAAUUUUCUAGACUAAGCAAAUAUGUGCUAGGGCCAAAGAGUCUUGCAAGAGAAUUUAUGUGCUUAUAUAAUUAAUACAGUACUUAAACCAAGCCAAAACAGGGAUGUGGAUGAGUUAUAUGUUCCUAGGUGAUGCCAAAAUGCUAAACAGUGGGACCUCCCUCCCCAGACAUUUUUUUAAAAGCUGAUAUAACAUAUAGGUAUUCAGGUAUCAGGGCAUACUACAUGGUAGGUAUACAUGUCAGGAAGAAAAAUACAAAUACAAUACUCCUUACAAUGAAGUUUGGAAAAUGCAUCCUUCAAUGCAUCUGUUGGAGUUUUAUUUUUAUUGUAGUAAUACAGAUAACAUAAAGUCCACUAUUUUAUGUGUACAAUUCAGUUGCAUUUCAGUGCAUCAUCACUAUCUAAUUCUGGAAUAUUUUCCCCACCUAGAAAUUAGUUGGGAGACAAGACCAUCCCUGGAAAGGUUCAAACCACCAACUUUUUAACAGCCAAAUAUGCUAAUCAGUUGUAUCACAAAGAUGCUCAUGGAGUUUAAAAGCCAUGCCGUAUCUUUUUGUCCUGGGUUUAAUGUAGUGAGAGGGCUAUAGCAUGCCUUUUCACUGUCAUAGUAUUUGCUCAUCAAAGUGUGCCAGGAACCAGAUCUGAAAGUGUGGUUGCCACACCAGUAUUGGCUCUAUUUAUUUACUCCCUGGACUGUUUUGUGGGAGAAGCAGCAGCUUAUGGACCUUGUCACAGAAACACGAAGAGACCCAUACUGUCUUCCUUUAAUGACUCCUGUGAAAAGGUGGAGUGGUGGCGUGUUACUCUGAAGUUGUCCCAAGCUCCUUAACUCUGCAUCUGGGGACUGACUGUUGAGCUGAUGCAGGGUGGAACUGGGGUGAGAGAGGAAAAGCUUUCCCACAAACUGGAAGCCAAAUGUCCUUCUAUCUAGCGAAUAACCAAGUCAUUUUUUUUUUUUUUUUUUUUUUUUUUUUUUUUUUUACAACCAGGUGAAUACAAGCUUAUAAAGCUGUGGACAGGAACUUUUUCUUUUCUGCUACUCACAACUGCAUUUGUUGUACUUGGAUUAGGAAUCAGAAGCCAAGUUUGGACAUGUCUAAAUUCUUUCUAGUGCUAGUAGUUAUAUUGUUAUAGUUAGUAUUUAUUGAGCAUUUGCUGUGUCCCAUGCUCUGUGCUCAAGUGCAUUACAUUCAUUUUCUCACUUAAUCCUUACAACAAUCUGAAGGGAGCUACUACCAUUCCCACUUCAUAGAAACAGAAACUGAGGCUUAGAGAGGUUAAGUCACUUGCCCAAGUGGCUGAGCUAAACGUCUGUAAUGCACUAAACCAUUAUUUUCUCCCCCUAAUAUACUAGAUUGUCUCCUUAUAACUUCCAAGCACAUACUUCACUUUGUAUGAAUAUAGGACUUAUGGGCAUGGGAGAAAGGGAAGUAGACAGAUGAACUGCUCCCUGAUGGACUUGUUUUAAAUCCACAAAGGCUGUCAUGGGAACAUUGAUGUUCUGUUCACUUACUCUGCAAGGUAACAUACAGAGCAUACGAUGCUAAUCAAGGAUUCCCAUAUUCCUAGCUUCUUAUAGUGCUUGCUCCCUGCACAGCAGUUGUGCAUCAAAUAAACAGUAGUUGAUGAUGCUGAUGAAAAUAAAAGGUCAUAAAAUAGAGCUACAAGCAGCUAGCUCCUUUCUUAUGUCUACAUAUAAAAAGCACUGUCAUGCACACUCUGAUUCUAAAAAAAACCCCAUAAGGGUGUAAAUACUAUUUCCAUUUUAUAAUGAGGGUUACACAAACUAGAGCAGAUAUGCAAAUUCCUGUCUUCUGUCCCAAGUUUAUUGUUUUGUCUUUUCUAAACACUGCCCCUCAGCAAGUUGGAAUUAGAAUUCACCAGUUUAUAAAGACUCCUAACUCUGGGAAACAAACUAGGGGUGUGGAAGGGGAGGAGGGCGGGGGGUGG